AUGGAUGCGGAUUACAUCAAAGAAGGCGACUAUGUCUUUAUUAAUGGAAGUGGAGUUCAACGCAUUGGGGAGGCUAGAAAAGGGGUGCGACUGAGACUCGACCGCUGCCGAUCUGCUUUCACCGACGGCCUCGUCGGUCUACGCUACGGCGAGGUGGUGCGGCUGAGCCCGCGAUCGAGGAGCUUCAGGCCAUGCGCGGACUACCCCGACCUCGACCUCAGUGGUGCGAACGCGACGGGCGAACGCGACAACCGCGACCUUGUCUGUGAUAAUCGCAGCCAGCAGCUCACCAAGGAUGAAAUUGCGGAGAUUCGUCGUGAAAAAGGCGUCGAAACGCUUCUCAACUCGCUCGUCGAGAACAGUGUGACGUAUCAGAGCAAGACAAACUUCUCCAAAGAGAAGUACCUCGUGAAGAAGAAAAAAAAAUACGGCGAGCUAUUUAAAGUGCAGCGCGUGACGGCGGAUAAUAUGUGCGAGGUGCAGGUGCCGAGCAUUGCCCCACUAUGUGAGGCCACGGAAGAACCGCGGUGGGUGAGAUUGCGUGCGGAUACCGUCGCGCUCAUUUUACACCACAGCAACCUCCACGACGCGUCUCGGGUGCUGCUCUUUGAGCGUACCAACGGCGUGAUGCCGGCGUACAUCCUCGGGCGGCUUGGCGACGCCGGCAGGAUCUUCCAGCUGAUGGAAAAGUCUGCUCAGCCGAACGUCUUCACGGCCUCCCAGUUAGGUCUACAGGAUCUGAAGAAACGCUGGAAGGCGGUCCCCAACAACGAAGACUUUCUCACCGGGGUAUCCGAGAAGCCGAAGGACGACGCGGGAGGUCAGGCAUCCCCCGAUGAAAGCCCAGACGAGGGCUCGGGAGCCCCUCGCCCGAAUCCUCCCCACGCCUCCCAGUGGAUGAAAGGUUUAGACGCGCGGCAAGAGCUGCUGGAGAGACCCGCGGAUUCCCUCAUCGUCGUGGAUGAUACGAGCGCGGAGAAGCAGUUGGCGUGCCUUUUGCCGUUUCUCGCAUGUGGCGGGCACCUCGUGGUGUAUAGUCCGUUUUUAGAGGAUUUGACCGACCUAUUUCCGCGGCUUCGGAUGGAUUGCGUGAACAUUCGUAUCUCUGAAACGUGGUACCGACAUUAUCAAGUCCUUCCACAGCGGACCCAUCCGACCGUAAACAUGAGCACUGCUGGGGGGUACUUACUAACUGCGAUCAAAGUUGAGCGUAAUCCUAACCCCAGCGCCCGUUUUAUGCAAGGUGAACCACUCUUCGUCAGCAACGGGGGAAAUGGAUUGGAGAGCAGAAAACGUGAUCGCAACUCUGAGAACGAUUACAGUGAAUGA